CCCGGCGCGCAACACUCUUCGAGAGCUUCACUGUCGCAUUCUUACCGACCGUUGACUGGCGUUGUGGGGUACAAAUACAUUCUACUCAAUCUUGAAGAAUCUUCGCCUUCGACAAUAGCACCAACGCUAGCACCGAUCACAACGCGAAACUCCAUCCGAAGCUUUCUUUUGUUGACCGAAUCCUGUACACCCGCGACAGGGGCAGAUCAACAUGGCGUCCAAGUCCAAAAAAACUCUGGCUCAAAAGCCGCAUGGUUACGAAUUCGGUGGACCCAUCGGCGCCUUCUUCAUCUCUUUCGGACUCCCGAUCCUCGUCUACCUCUUCAUCUUCAGCUGUAACGAUGUCUCCGGCUGUCCCGCGCCGUCCCUGCUGAGCCCCUCAACCCUGAAACUCGACCAACUGAAGCGUGAGGUCGGAUGGCCCGAGGAGGGCAUUUGGGGCCUGGGAAGCGUCAAGGUCACCGUUGCCGUCUUGGGAUACUAUCUUUUCAAUGCGCUCCUCUACCGCAUACUCCCUGGAGCCGAGGUCGAUGGUGUUGAGCUUGCUUCCGGUGGUCGUCUCAAGUACCGCUGCAACUCCUUUGCCUCCAGCAUGUUCAUCUUGACCGUCUGCCUCGCCGGCACCAUUGCCCAGGGCGCCGAGUUCCCCCUUUGGACCUUCAUCAUCGAUAACUACGUACAAGUCGUCACCGCCAAUAUCCUCAUCGCAUAUGCCCUGGCCAUUUUCGUGUACGUACGGAGCUUCAGCGUGAAGCCGAACAACAUGCAGCUACGCGAACUCGCUGCUGGCGGACACACGGGCAAUAUGGUUUACGACUUCUACAUCGGACGGGAGCUCAACCCCCGCGUUACGCUUCCCAUUCUCGGCGAAAUCGAUAUCAAAGAGUGGAUGGAAGUUCGACCUGGCCUGCUGGGCUGGGCUCUGUUGAACUUUGCAUGGAUGGCCAAGCAGUACCGGACCUAUGGCUUUGUUACCAACAGCAUCAUCUUCACCUCGGCAGUUCAGCUUGCGUAUGUGAUUGACUGCUGGUGGAAUGAGCCCGCGAUCUUGACCACCAUCGACAUCACCACGGAUGGCUUUGGUUUCAUGCUCGCUUUCGGCGAUCUCGUCUGGGUGCCGUUCGUCUACUCGCUGCAGACACGCUACUUGGCUGUGUACCCCAACUCUCUGAGCCCCUUGGAAAUGGCCGGCAUUGUUGGGGCCAUCGGCGUUGGCUUCUCCAUCUUUCGUCUGUCCAACAGCCAAAAGAACGCAUUCCGCAACAACCCCGACGACCCCAGUGUGUCCCAUCUCAAGUACAUGGAAACGAAGGCGGGAACUCGCCUCCUCGUCUCGGGCUGGUGGGGGGUCGCGCGACACAUCAACUACCUCGGCGAUUGGCUGCAAUCGUGGCCUUACUGCCUGCCCACCGGCAUGGCCGGCUACACGAUCGUUUCUGCCGGCACGGGAUACGCCGAAGCCGGACUCGAAGGUGCCUUCAAGAUGGCCGAUGGGCGCGAGGUUAUCCAGGGUGCCGCGCGGGGAUGGGCGAUCCCCAUCACGUACUUUUACAUUGUCUACUUCGCCGUGUUGCUGAUUCACCGUGAUCGCCGCGACGACGAGAAGUGUUCACGUAAAUACGGCGAGGACUGGGAGGAGUACAAGAAGAUUGUGCGUUGGAGAAUCGUCCCUGGUCUCUACUAAGAGCCCGCGAAAGGAUGGCAUGGCAAGUUUCGGGAAACAGGCCCGGUGAAAAGGGCACGAUGGAUCUGUCUUCGGGCCGUUUCUUCGAGUUGCGGGGAUCGUGGAGCCCGUGGGAAGCAUGACCUGGUCUAGGGCGUAAUCUGGUUCUACAUCGUGCAUCGUCCGGGUGGUGCUAGUCGUUGAGAACUAGGGUACGCAACCUCGGCAUUGGCGUCGUGCAACGGUUGUGCCUGUGGCGUUGAUUCGUCCAGGGCGGAUCUUACGGCGACAGUCUGAACUAUUACGUAGGUAGACAGUCUAUAGCGGUUACUGCAAGCUUCUUUUGCGCCUUGUCAACAAACGCAGCCACACACGUAGCGACGUCCCGACUUGGGACAGAUUUCGUGGCAAACAAGAACGUACGAACCCAUAAGUGAGACCGCCUCUCACGUGGUUAAGUGCAGGCGGAACGUUGCCUGUGUCUAUGUUGCCAGCAUGCGCUAGACAAGG